AUGCUUUUCUGUUUAGAUGAGAAUACAAGCAAGCAGUUUAAUGUAAUAAGGAUCAAAAUAUGCAAAAAUGUGGAAUAUUUAAUCACCUUUUAUCUCACCUUUCAUUCUUUUUAUGAUCGUGAUGAUACUGAGAUCGAAGAAAGAUGUGUAGUCACUAAAGAAUCUUUCAAAUCAUGUAUUGAGUUUAUAGCUGAUUUACUGAGCUGGGAUCCAGAAGAUGCAGGACGUUGUUUACAACAAUAUGCAAUUUGUGCAUCAGUUCUGGGUACUGCUACUACUGUUGUUAGGAAACCACUUCCUAUUCAAUCAUUCCUUAAUUCAUUCCAUUAUGCUUUUGUUACAAAUACUGACGGAGAGAAUACCUCAACUGAUUCAUUGGGAAAUGAUAUCCAAGAAUCGAAACAACAUCUUUUGCCAAGAAUUCGUUCAGAUAAUGCACGCAAAACGUUGACAACAAUUGGAUGUGUCAUUUUUGAAGCAUAUAUAAAUGGCCUGCAAACAUUCGACUCCUUACGGAAGAUCGUGGAUUCGUCUAAUUUAGAUCCAAUAUUACUUUUGUUUUCUUUCGUCUUGUUUAUACUAAAUGAGGACAAGUACUUAAAUUUGCCAAUUUUAAUCUAUCGGAUGCAUCAUAUAUUCUGUUAUAUGCUGUAUCGAAUUCUUCUUGAACUAUUGUCAUCAUCAUCGUCAUCCUCAGAAGGAGAGAACAAAGAAGAAGAGGACGAAGAAGAAGGAGGAGGGAGUAAAAAAGGCGAAAGGAAAGAAAACGAUAAAAUUUCUGAAGAAUAUUUUUAUGAAUUUCUUGAUAUUAAAAAUAAGAAAUCCACUUCAUCGUGCACAAAAUUUGAAUUAAUAUGCAAGCAAAUUUAUGUGUAUUGUUCAAACAGUUGCCAUUUAUCCUCAGCCUAUUUGAUUGCAUUGAUAAUGCGUUGUCUAUUGUUUCAAAUAUGGCAAACAUUUGAAUCAGAAGAGAAUAUCCUGGAAGUGUUAUUCAAGUGUAUGCAACAUCCUGAAUUCACAGUCAAUAAUUCUCCUGACAGUGGAGCUGAAAUUGAAAAUAAUAAUUUUGUUAAUCAAUCAAUUGAAUUCAAAAUACCUUUGAGAGUAUCAUCAAAAUGGAAUGCUGACUUUAUACCAAAUUUACAGCAGCUUGUUGAUAAAUGGCAUCAAACUUGUGCUCAGUUGGAAGGUGUCCUAUCGAUUGGAUUAGUGUUGUUAUGUCCAGUGUCCGACGAAUCAAAAGAUACAACACCCCAGCGUACUUUUGAUUUCAAUUUACAAUGCGUAUUGACUAAUGGUCGUUCCUACUUAACAGCUUUAUUUGCAUCAUGGAUUGUAAAAAAUAAUAUAUCGGCUGAACAAGUUCUCAGUUUCUAUCAAGGAUUGUGCAGGAAAUCAUUUAUAAGUGAAGAUUGUAGUAGUACAAGAGAUUUAGCCAUUACGGAUCCGGUCCACCUUAGACAAGGAUAUAAUAAUUUGAUUUAUUGCAUAGAGUUUCUCAAGAAAUUCAGCUCAGCUGGGACAAUGAUUGCUCAAGGUUUAGGAACAAUAAUGUGGCGAAAAGGUCUUAUAGAUUGGCUUAAACCUAUUCUUGAAAUUGCAAGAGACGAUAAUGGCGUAUGCCAACGUGCUGAAGUAGUGCCAGUUUUCUCUGUUGAAGCUGAAUGGAAUGAUCCAUAUAGUUUUGAUGGCAAAUCAUUACAUGUAACUAGUCGAAUUCACAAGGAUAAUGAGAGUAUUGAUUCAACUGACUUAAAUACAGUAGAUUAUUCACCUUCUGAAUGUCUUACCAAUGAAAUGUCUUCAGAACGUUCUUUUAAGUCAGAUGGUGCAUUUGAUCGAAAAUUUUCUGUACAAGAUACUGUAAACCAACCAAUUCCUCAGUUAACCUCAAUUAACUCAUGGGAACAAGUUGUUAUUGUUGCUUCAGCAUUAUUGGUUUUCGGUCGACCUGAAAAAUUGAACAAGUCUAAUCAACAAGCUACAGAUACAAAAUUCUAUUCUCUUUCAGAUUUUUUCCCACCACAAGAUUUGUACAUGUUACUUUCACCUAAUGAUCCUAACUGGAUUAGUACUUCUAUUGGGAAAGAUGUUGAUGACAGUCUUAUGAUUAGAAGGCAAUUUUUUCUAUCCUGGUUAAUUGAAAGAUGUGUUUCACGUCUUGCACUCUUACCUGUUUCACAAUAUUCCAAUCGAUCUGUCAUGGAGGAUGAUGAUGACUGCAUGAAUAAUCAUACUUUUGAAGCUGUAGAAAUUUGUCGCCGGUUUAGUUCUGCAGCUUUUACUCUAGCUCAUCAUUGGAAUUUACCAAAAGACACAGUCACUAUACAGCAUGUAGUUUCUUUGUUUGAGGAUCAUUAUGACGACCAGGCACUACAUUUCUUGUCAAAAGUUCAAGAUCCAACAAAUUUGGCUGUCCGUUUGUUAUUCAUCAUUGGUCGUCGUAUAGCCUAUCGGUGUUAUGGUUCAGAGUACAAUGCUAAACAAACAUUACGUUUACGUGUAUUUAUUCCGCUGACAGUUGAAUCAUGGCUUCGUGGUUUAUUACCUGUCAAAAAGUCAACGAGUAGUAGAGAGAUAGUAUAUCAUGUGUAUCAUGGUCGCCCGAAUUCUAAAUUUGCGGACUUGGAGAAAUUACCCUUUCUUAUCGAAUAUGUAAUAAAGCAUCUCCCACGCCACACUGGUCAACUGUCAAUAGCCGUAGAACUACGCAAUAUUCUUCAAGCUAUUGUACAGUCAUAUACUUUAUAA